AUGCAUCUACACCUCGAAGGUCUUGAGUUCUAGAAUGUCAUUGAGGUAGAGACUCCAAUGAAGAAGAAAGAUAGACAGGUGAUGUCCAUCUUCUUCAGCACUCUCUCGGAUUAAAUCUCGUAGGAGCUGGACGUGAAAAAAAUUGCUAAGCAGAUGUGGAAUCUGUUGAAGGUGAAGAACAGAGGUGUUCCAUGCCAACAGAUUAUUCAAUCACUACACAAAAAUUACGAGAAUCUUUCUAUGGAAGACGACAAGUCAGUUCUUGAUUAUUUUAGGAAUUUUUCUCGAAUAGUGAUUAAAUUAAAGAGUCCCAGUGCCAAAAUCUUGAGGUCAAUCCCAAGUAAAUUUGACUCGAUUACAACGUCGAUUGAGCAAUUCUAAGAUCUUGAUGCAAUCUCAGUAGAGGAGGUUCUUGGAACUCUCAAGAUUCAUGAAGACAAACUUCGAGAUCACUCAGUCAAGAGAGAAGAUAACUCCUUAUUGGCCCGCACUCUCAGCAAAAACAAGAAGAAAGAUUCUUCUGACAGUUCUCAAGCAAGAGGUAGAGGAAGAGCAAGAGGAACAAUGAAGAUAGAAGACUUUGAUGACAAUGAAAGACCGAAAGAUAAGUCAUCUGUCACUGGUUAUAAUUGUCAAAAGAAGGGUCAUUAUGCAAAUGAAUGUCGAUUUCUAAAUAAGGAAACACCGAAGAUAGAUAAAGAGAAGGCAAUUGUAGCUGAAGAAAGUACAAGUGAUAAUUCAUUACUUAUGACAUUUGAAGAUUCAGAUGUGCUUCUUCAAAGUAUCUCUCAAUCCGAGCUGGUCAAUGACAUGUGAUAUUUAGACACGACUAGUGAGAAUACUCUUUUCUUUGAGUUAGAUGAGUCAUAUAAAGGUGUCCAUUUUUGUGAUGACUCAUGCAUUCCUAUUGAAGGUCAAGGUAAGAUACUCCUAAAGACUAAAGGUGGGAGUAAAGUUACCUUGAUCAAUGUCUUCUAUACUCUUCGUAUGAGAGCCAAUAUUUUAAGUCUCAGGAGACUUGAUGAAUAGGGGUGCAAAAUGAAUUGGCAAAAUGGAAUUGUUAUAAUUCAUGAUCAAAGAGGCAUACUCAUAACAAAGGUAAAGAGAAAUGCUGGAGGACUUUACCUAUUGAAGCUCGACAUUGUUGAAAAUUGUCUUCAUGCUAAGUUUGAUCAGAAUUGGCUUUGGCAUAAGAGGUAUGGUCAUUUAAAUUUCACUUAUCUUUGUGCUCUAUCUUCAUAUAGUAUGGUCAAAGGACUACCGGAGUUUGAAAGAGGAGAAAAAACUUUGCAUUGACUGUGUGAAGUCCAAGCAAAUAAGAGCUUCAUUUCCCUCAGCUUCAUCAUUUCAAGUCACAAGACUACUUGAACUAAUUCAUGGAGAUCUUUGUGGGCUAAUUGAACCAAAGACUCUCGAUGGAAGUAAGUACUUCCUACUUUUUGUUUAUGAUUAUAAAAGAUUAAUGUGGAUUUCUAUGUUGAAGAGGAAAUUGGAAACAUUAGAUGCUUUCAAGAAAUUUAAAUCUCUGGCUGAAGUAGAGAAAGAGAUGAAAAUCUCGUGUUAAGGACAGAUCAAGGAGGUGAGUUUAAUUCCAAAGAAUUCACUAAAUGGUGUGAUGAGUAGGGAAUUUGACGGCAAUUGACUACACCUUAUUCACCUUAACAAAAUGGUGUGGUAGAAAGGAGAAAUCUCACUCUACUAGACAUGGUAAGAGCAAUGCUGAAAUCAAAGCACUUACCUCAAGAAUUUUGGGGAGAAGCAGCAAGCACAAUUGUCUAUCUCUUAAAUAGAGCUCCCACAAGAAGUCUUCAAGGGAAGACUCUCUAUGAAGCAUAGUCUAGCACAAAACCAAAAGUUGACCAUUUAAGGGUUUUUGGACCAAUCAUGCAUGUUAAGGCACUUGGAAGAGCUCUUAAGAAGCUUGGUGAUAGAAGCACACCAAUGAUUUUUAUUGGCUAUGAAAAAGGAGUCAAGGGUUAUUGUGCAUUUGACUCUGCACCAGGCAAGAUUCACAUUUCGAGACAUGUAAUAUUUAAAAAAGAAAAAUGCUAGAAUUAGGAGAAUUUCACAUUGUUGAAAGAAUCAAGUAUAUCUCUUUCAUCUCCUAUAUAUGAUCUCUUAGUUGACCAAGUCAACGGAAGCACUUCUCAGCCUCAAGACUUCGAAAAUGAAGCUGAAAGUUGUGGAGAGGAGAUGUCUUCAAAUCUUGCCUCACCUGAAGACACCCAAGUUACCUCAUCUUCGGGUGAAUCUUCACAACAUGAAAGAUUCAAGAAUCUAUCUAAAUUAUAUGUAGAGACCCGCCCAAUUGAAGAUGAAGAUGAAGUGUGUAACUUCACGGCUGAAGAACCUAAAUCAGUUCAAGCUGCUCUCAAUGGCGAAAUUUGGAAGAGAGCUAUGGAAGAAAAAUUGAGUCAAAUAAAUAAGAAUCAUACUUAGAUUCUAGUCACACGACAAGCAAGAUACAAGCCUAUUGGACUCAAGUAGAUCUUUAGAGUCAAGAAGAAUCCAAAAAGAGAAAUUCUCAAGCACAAGGUAUGACUAAUGGUGAAAGGCUAUGUGCAAAGGUAUGGAGUUGAUUUUACUGAUGUGUUUGCACCUGUAGCAAGACAAGGCAAUUCGAGUGCUUCUAGUUGUCUCAGCUCAUUUCAGCUGAAAAAUUCACCAUAUGGACAUAAAAUCUAUUUUUCUAAAUGCAGAAAUCAAUGAGAAUAUAUAUGUGAAUCAGCUGCCUAGAUUUGAGGUCAAUGGGAAGGAGAAGAUGAUUUAUAAGCUAAAAAGGCUCUCUAUGGUCUAAAACAAGCACCAAGAGUUUGGUACUCUAAAUUAGACAAGAGUCUUAUCUCAUUAGGUCUAAUUAAGAGCAACUUUGAGCCCACAACCUACUUCAAGAAGAAGGUGAAUUCUCACCUAUAUGUGGGAGUAUAUGUUGAUGAUUUACACAUCACCAGGAAUUUUGAAAAAGAAAAUGAAGAUUUCAAGUUUAAAAUGGCAAACAUGUUCGAGAUGUCUAAUAUGGGCCUACUCUCAACAUAUUUGGACAUUGAAGUAUGUCAAAUUGAUAAAUUUCUCUCACUCUCACAUAAGUAAUUUGCUCUGAACAUUCUUAAGACAUUUGACAUGCUGAAUUGUAAUUCAUUAGUUACUCCUCUUGAAGUAAGACCUAUCUUUAAUUAGAAGGAAGGAUAAGACUCGAUAAAUGCUAUCACUUGUAGAAGCUUAAUGGGAUCAUUAAGAUAUUUGACCCACACUAGAUCAAACUUGUCAUUCAAUAUUAGAUUUCUCAAUAGAUUUAUGAAAAAUCUAUGAGCUGAACAUCUUAAGUGUGCUAAAGGUGUACUGAGGUACAUUAAAAACAUCUCAAAUUUUGGUCUUAAGUACAAAAAGGAGAAGAAUUUUAUAUUUGCUGACUUCUGUGAUAGUGAUUAUGGAGGAGAUAUAGAGGAGAGAAAGAGCACAUUAGGUUUUUGUUUCUUUAUUGACAACAAUCAUGUGACAUGGGUGUCACAAAAGCAAAGAACUAUUGCCCUAUCAUCCUAUGAAGCAAAGUAUAUCUCACUUACUUUGGCAGCAUGUCAAGGUGUUUGGCUAGCUGAAUUUCUCAAAGAGUUAACUAGAAUCUACCUCAAACUAGUUAAGAUACAAGUUGAUAAUGUCUCUGCCAUUGAGUUUGCGAAGAAUCUAACAUUUCACAGUCGAUCGAAACACAUAAAAAUUCACUACCAUUAUGUGCACAAUUGUGUUGAAGAUGGUGAAGUUGAAAUCGCCUGUGUCAAUGGCUUCUACCUCUUCCUCCUCGUUCGCUGCUUGUAGAAGUCUCUCUCCGUUGACCAUUAUCUCGCUACACGUUGGUUGUCGGCUGUACUCUCAAACUUUAUAGACAAAGGGCAACCAUUCUCACAAAGUCUCUUGCAAAAUUUAAAUUUGUAG